CAUUAGGAGUAGAGAUAACGCACGAAUACAGCGGCCACAGGUGCAUUUUACAUUUUUUUUAUUAUUAUGCGCACCCUUACCCUACACCAGAUUCUCCCGGUACCCUAGCACAGUGUAAGAGACGAAAGGUCUUGGUCCGGUCGGGUCCGAGUCCGCUUCCCCGAGUCAUCUUCUGCCACCCGCCUCCCCGUGAGCUAUUGGCCUUUCCUUACUCUCGCCGCCAGCCCGCCGGUGCGCCCUCAACGGCCCGCGGCUUGCCGGAAUCCGUCCCGUGUCGAUCGUCAAGUCCGAGCACCGCGGGGAUGGGGAAGAAGGAGGCCCGGGAGGCAGCCUCGAGACCCUCGACGAUUGGAUUCACUCGGCCGCCUCCCGCUCCAGUUCAAAACGGGGUACGUAAGGGGUUUGUUGUAUUAAAUCUGGAUGGCACUCCCGAAGACGUAAGAAUAAGUUGGCGUGCCACUGUCGGCGUACAGAUUGUGGUGUUUCAAUUCAACGCCAGACCGAUAUCAAUUUGGUCACGAAGCCAGAAGAAGUUGCAUGUUGCCGCAAUCUGGACACUUCUUAGUUACUUGCAUUUCGGAGGGAAAUGGCUUUGUGCAGUAAUUCAUGGGCCAUCUGGCUACCUAGAUGGAUACACAACGCAAAGCACAGGAGAAGGUCUCAGAGUAAAAGAAAAUAUGUCUGAUAAGAAAGGAUCUAGAGGAAUAUACAUAGAAAGGUCUGAGUUGCUUCCAUGGGACGGUGGCUACAUGUACGCUGCGAAAUGCCGUGUUGGACAUUUGGGUUUGAUAAACUCAUUUUCAAGCAUCUAUAAGACUGUUCAAGGCAUUGGUCCCGAGCUUAAGGAUCAGACAGUGAUAUCCCAUGGAGAAACACUCAUCCUCCAUAUCUCAGAGGCAGGAAGGUCUGACAUUUUAUUUUCUUUUAUCGAUAGCAAUUUCAUCUCCGGAUGCCUCCUGGGCAACGACCUUCUUUAUUCCGCCAGACACUGGAGGUCGAAAUCUGAAAAACCACUGCGCAAAAUGGAGGAAGUAUAUUCACCUGAGCUUGCGGAUAAGAGUAAAGGAAGGAUGAUAAAUCAAGGAGCCCCCAGGUCUGAGGGUAGGAGGAUAGCUAAGUUUGCUGAUAAGAAGAAAGGAAAUAUGGCAGAUGAAGGAGCAAAGCUGGUAGAUAAGAAGGGAAGGAUAGCAGAUGAAGAAAAAGAAUAUGGAGUUGAGCUUGAGGAAGAAUUGUCUGUUCUCGAAGACAUCAGACUGCUCCAUAGGCCGAAUUACACACGUGAAUUGUUCUGCCUGGAUAAGAUGGUUGUACAUCUUGCUGCAGGGCGCCCGGUGAGCAAUGCAUUAGAAGAAUAUCUGAGGCCCCGGGCGUCAGAUCCGGAUUCAGAGUAUCUUGUCACGCCAUUCAGCAAGUUUAGUCGUUCCCAGGAGGAAAAGAAAAAAGAAACUAACCCAGACAUUGAGAAAACAACUAGCGACAUGAAACGCCUGCGUGCUAAGUUGUCAGAUAAUCUGCAUAAAAGCCUAAACGCCGUACCCAAUGUUAACAUGGCAGUAAACAGAGCAGGCAUUGCAAAUCUUGGAAAUACAUGCUACGCAAGUUGCACUUUGCAAUCUCUGCAUUCGAUUGGGGAACUCAAAUCUGCAUUGUAUAGCUAUCCAGACGAUGUGCAGGUUAAUGAGGAUCAAAAAUCACAUAAUUUGACUAUUGCCACGCGAAACAUGUUCCAUGAGCUUGAUCAAAAUACUGGUACUGUUCAGCCCCAGCACUUCUUACAGACGCUACGGGAAUCAUCCCCACAGUUCAAAGAAAAGGAAGGUGAUGGGUACAGGCAACAGGAUGCCGCGGAAUGCUGGACACUUUUGGUGAAUACAAUUUCAUCGACUCUUACAACACAAGCAAGUGAUCCAGCAUCUGCACCAAUAAAAAAUAUUUUCAAGAUUGAUCUUCUGGAGAGGCACCACUGCACAGCGAAUGGUGAGGAUAAAGAAUACAAAAAUUCAGUUUAUGAUCUGAAGUGUUCUAUCUCUGAUCGUGUACAUCACCUCAACGAAGGACUUAAGCUCCUACUUAAAAAUUCAGUUCGAGCGUGCUGGUAUCCGAGAAGGAAGGCAAAUAAAAAUGAAAAAUGAAGUGCAAUAUCCAUUGGAGUUGGAUGUUCUCGACUUUUGUUCAGCUGAGCUCAAAACUAAAAUCCAAGCUUGUCGACAGUUGAUAGGUGCAGAAAAUGCUGGGUGCAACUCACUGAGUACUCAUGUGGAAUCAUCUUCAUCAGAUAUGUACAAAGAUGGACCUUCACUGACUGGCAUGUACGAUCUGAUAGCUGUGGUGAGACACAAUGGGGAUACCCCAGAUUCGGGACACUACAUUGCUUGGGUCAAGCAAGAGGGUGAGUUGUGGAUUCAGUAUGACGAUGCCAUGGCAACCAUGCAUAUUAGUCAUGAAGUGUUGAACUUGUGUGGAGGAGAACUUGUCUCUUUUAAAGUGUUGAACUUGUGUGGAGGAGGUCAGAUUGCGUAUCUGUGCCUAUACAGAGCUCGCGUUGUUCAAGGUUGUCUGGAGUCAGCUCGUGCCUAGUUGGUGUUGAAGUCGACCAGUGGAGUAGCUGCUGACUGAGUGCCACUGAAUGUGUCGCCCCUUGCUCCUACACACCUGUACUCUCUAUACAUACAAUGUGUGCAUCGGAUGUAAUACGUACCAUUCAGGAGAGUUCCACAAUUCUACUUCGUAUCAGAGCCUUGUGACCUGUGAGACUUGGCCAACUCAUAUGUAAUGAUACUGCCAACUUGGCUGGCAACAAUUCUAUUUUCCUUUGGACUUAUAAUUGCGUUACUCUCUGCACAUUUCAAACAAGCACCUCACACUUGGUCCCCA